AUGGCACGCCUUAACGAACCCCCGCCCCCAGUCGAGACUAUUGACAGUCUGAGACGACGUUUUAUUAGACAAAAUCGGGAAGUAAUAAAGGCAAACUCUGCGCAGUCCCUUCGAAUCCGCGAGCUUGAAAGCGAGAUUUCUGCCCUUAUAUCCGAGAACAUCUCUUUCCGAGAAGAAAUAGUGAGGUUACAAGUGGAAGCGGCGCGAGCCAAAAACCGUACCGACAAUGUCGACAAUAUCAAACUGCAGCUGGAACAUAAGAUACAGGAGAUUAGUGCCAUGCUUGCCGACCUCGGUGUUUCUAAGCAUCAAGAAAGACGAUCGAGUAGGGGUUCUAUUGCCAACAGCUCUCCUAAAGCUGUACGGCCGGACAGACAAUGGAAAAACUUCAUGCGCCUAUCAGGAGGUACAAGCGGAUUAGAGGGAACUCUCCCGCCAAUUGUUGAAGGGAAAUACUACCCACGAAAGACUCUCGACGCGGAAGAGAUUGAAGCGGUGAUGGAGGAAGAGCUGGGUUGCGACUCGCCCGACCUGGGCCCUCCACCGAUGGCUCAUUUAGAUGACGAGGAGGGAAAUUUCGACCAAGCAGACGAGGAAGAGGCUCCUGUUGAGUCAAAGUUUCAAGAUAUGGACGACGUUGGAGUGCUUCCGCCCAAUCUUGAGACCCGGAGAAAACGGAGAGAUUCAAAAGCCUUGCUGUAUGCACAGGGAUUCAUUGAUCAUCGCAUAGGCGAAUCAGCGGCUUCGUUGUUCCCUCCUUCUGAAGGUUCGGUGGGGCAGGCCUUCAAGAUGGGAGCAAAGCGUAAGCUCGCUGUACGUGAAAACGAAGACCGGAUUCAUGGCGCAUCAGAAGCCGAGGACGAUGCAUUCGGCUCCAAGGGACGUGAAUCUCCGGUUCAUACCAAGGAUCACGAGGCUCAAUUAAAUGAGAGCCCGCGCAAAAAGAGCGAGACUAGUCAAGCAGCAUCUGCAGCUCGUACACUGAGUGGCCAACGACCCGACUUGCGGAAUAACCCCGCAUCUUUGGAAGGAAGGAAAGUUCUGGGACAAAAAAAUGUCAACACCGAUCCCGUUGUAUCUCCGGUAAAGAAGCGUGUCCAGGACAAAGGUCUUGAGCAUGAAAAGCCUCUCAAAGCGGAGAAAGGCGCCAAAAAGACUCGCCGAAACGUUCGCAUAGAGGAAAGUAAGCCAGCCGUAACAAAGAUUGAGCUUCCAAAAGAGGCCGACCGCCCUCAAUCGCAACUUGAAGAUGAGAGAGAAGAUUCUCGUGCGCUACACCCAAAGACUCCGGCUACAGAAUCCCUCUCUCCUGGAAGCUCCGCGGCUUCGUCGAUACGCACGGAAUCCAAAUACACCCCACCGCCUAGCGACCUCGUCCAUGCGACCCACUCAACGGAUGCUACUAACGGCGGAAGGGCAGCCAGAAGACAGCGAGCUGCAGUUAGCUACGCAGAACCCAGCCUGCGGGCCAAGAUGAGGAGACCGUCGGGUGCUCUAACAGAUGCCGUUGGAGCAGAGAAACGGCGCAGGCAGGAAGAAGAGGCGAAGAGGCUCAAGAGUUAUGACGGUGUUCAGGAUGACAAUACUACCCAUGAGCACAACGAAAAGCGAAGCUUGGAGUUCUUAAGGCGGGACGAUCAAGCUGAGCCCGCGCGGUCGUAUCAGGUCUCAGAGGCUGAAGGUCAUAAUACGGCAAACGGAACCGACCCUGCGAGCCCCUUAAGCAAGAAGACCCCAGCCAUUACCGAGGAGCUUCCUCCAACAGUGGUCACAGAACGGCGAAGACGUUCAUCAGCCAUGCACAGAUAUAGCGGUACUUCCGAGCAGUCUGCCGAGACCGAGGCUGUACUACCGACUUCUUCAACGGGCGGGGCAACUAUUGCCGCAUUGAUGAACGGUUCGAGGAACACGAAAACAAAAACUUCAGAGGCACGUCGAAAAACCGACGCCUCUGCGCUUGAGCAUCAGCAUCCAUCGGACAAUAUCGACAUCUAUGCGUUCAGUGAAUCUGCUCAUCCUGCUCAUCCUGAACCGACUGAGAUCGAAGGCAAGUCUGCCCCAUCACGUCGACACUCAUCAGCCAAUCUGGCGGCUGCUCCUCCUCCAAAAUACGCACUCCCCCAUGAAAAUAAUAAUUCAGCCGAGACGUCUCGACUAGAGAGAUCUUCAUCAUCUGGAUCACGCAGCAGGCUUAAGAACGACAGGCGUAGCGCCGAUGAUGGCGAGGGUGAUCCAGAAACGAAAAGGGAGUCAAAGCCGUCUGGCGGCCUAUCCAGAGGCCUUUUUACAGAUUUACAAGAUUCUCAUCAAAUGACGACCAGGGGCGAGAGGGCCGCUUCGAGGAGAAGAAGUAUGAUGCUUUGAUGCUUUGAUCCUUUGAUCCUUUGAUGGUUAGAGGUACUGCUUUAUGUAUGACUCUGAAUGAAAUUCGGCGUUUGAAUGGAUUGAUAAAAUUAAUUCCCCAUUUUCAGAGAGAUUUUUUUUCCCACUCUCUUGUUUGGGUGUCUUAUUUAUUUGCUCUCCUUUGGAUGUCAUCUCUCUCUCUCUCUGGAUUAUGGCGUUGGACUAUAGCGAGAUGCUCAUGCCAGGCAACGCUGUUCCGGCAGUGUUUUUAAAGGCCUGCAUGGGUCUUGGGGCUUGGGGGUACUUAGAUUCUUUGUCACUUUGUGUGUGUAUGAUACCAAAUAAGUAUUACUUUGUGCUGCUGUGCAUGAUCUCUUUCCCAUCUAGCUGAUUCUUUGAGCAUGAAUCUCUCUUUUCC